AUGGCAAGAAGGAUGCUAUGCUUCCACACAGCCCUAAGACCUCGGAGGCCACAGCCAAGACCACCUCUGCUCGGGUCCGAAGAGCCACAACCUCAAGGACAGAGAGGAUUUGGCCUGGAGGGGUCAUCCCCUAUGUCAUUGGAGGGAACUUCACUGGCAGUCAGAGGGCCAUUUUUAAGCAGGCCAUGCGACAUUGGGAGAAGCACACCUGUGUGACCUUCAUAGAGAGGACGGAUGAGGAGAGUUUCAUUGUGUUCAGUUAUAGGAACUGUGGCUGUUGCUCCUACGUUGGGCGCCGAGGAGGGGGUCCACAGGCCAUAUCCAUUGGAAAAAACUGUGACAAGUUUGGCAUCGUCGCUCACGAGCUGGGCCAUGUGGUUGGGUUCUGGCAUGAACAUACCCGGCCAGACAGAGACCAACAUGUCACCAUCAUCAGAGAAAACAUCCAGCCAGGUCAGGAGUAUAACUUCUUAAAAAUGGAAGCCGGGGAAGUGAGCUCUCUGGGAGAGACAUACGACUUUGACAGCAUCAUGCACUACGCCCGGAACACCUUCUCCAGGGGAGUUUUCUUAGACACCAUCCUUCCCCGCAGAGACGACAAUGGCAUCAGGCCAACCAUUGGCCAGCGGGUGCGGCUCAGUCAGGGAGACAUAGCUCAAGCGAGGAAGCUGUACAAAUGCCCAGCAUGUGGGGAGACCCUGCAGGACACAACAGGGAACUUUUCUGCACCUGGUUUCCCAAAUGGCUACCCUUCUUACUCCCACUGCGUCUGGAGGAUCUCAGUCACUCCAGGGGAAAAGAUCAUCUUAAACUUCACAACCAUGGAUUUGUUUAAGAGCCGCCUAUGCUGGUACGAUUACGUGGAGAUCCGGGAUGGUUACUGGCGAAAAGCCCCCCUUUUGG